AUGCUACGCAGAACAUUUGAUUACGACAAACUCAAAAAAUAUGCUGUCAUUCUGAAACUAGACAAAAUCCUAUACUGCUGGGAGAUGUAUACGUGCUCUGCAACUACAUUCAAGUACAAAAUACGGAAUUUGGUCGGCACUGGGCUGAUCAUCUGUGGAUUUGUGGACUUUUUCAGAAAUCUGGCUGUAUACUCGCUCAAGCGGAUAUUCUUCACUGAUGACGAGCUAAAGAACUUCAAGAACACCAUUGAAUUCGAGAGAUUCGUUCUCAAAAGCAAAUUCGGGUACAAGGAUUACACUGAUGAAUUUGUGAUGAACUAUAUUCUGGUGAAUAAGGGUCGAUACGAUCCAAGAGUGCUGUUUUGCAUGUGGACUGAUGAUGAUAAGACGAAGAAGAUGUAUUUUAGGGAAGAAGCAAUGGCAUUGAUCAGACAGAAAAUAGCAGAACAACACGAUGAUCUGAUGAUUGAUCUGAAUGCUGUUAAUGAAAUGAGAAGUGCAGUUGGAGACGUAACUAAAGUUCUAGAACAAGAGCAAGAAGAUGAAUUUAGCGAAGAAGAACAGGAUGAGAUCUCUAACGAAGACACCACCGAAACAGCUGUACAGGAUUCGACAUUCAAGGAGUGCGAUUUGAUUAUAAAGACGGUAGAAACCAACGAAUCAGGAUCAAACAAGAAGAGCUUGGACACAAAACUAGAUGAACAAAUACAAGAGAAGGUGGAAACUGAUCAGAAUACGCUAUAUGAUUAUUUUAUGAUACCUGAAAACAACUAUGAAAUGGAUAAGGUGAGUGCAGAAGAGUCGUAUGGAAUAAUAAGAGAGCAACUUGAUGAUGACGAUGCACUGAUAUUGGACUGUGAGAACGAGGCAGAAGUAACGAAACUGAAACUGAUUUAUAGCAAUUUGAAGCAUAAUAAAAUUGGUAGAACGCAUACAGUCAAAAUAGCACAGGAGAAGCACAAUGAGGUGAUGAAGGAGGCUGAAGCACAGCUGGUAGGAACCAUCAACGAGGAGAGCCUGAAACGAGUCCUUACGGAUGGAGAUGCAAAACAGUGCAUAAAGAUGCUUGCUAACAAUUUCAGCAGGUUUCUACCGUACGAGGAGUUCUUUGAUAACAUGAGACAGUUCAACAACGAUAGAGGCGCAUUCAUUGGCAUGUGUAAAGCACACAAAUCGAUCUCAAUCAACUUGAACACGGUAUUCGUGUCGAUGGAACUAUUUGUGUUCCUAUUCGUGUUCAUGGCGCUAUUUACGAGCACAAUUGGCGCCAAGACCACGGUGCUUCCUGCUGUACUCUUCAUUAUGCCAGGAUUAUGGUACUUCUACAUGCCAUUCCUCUAUUUGCUCUAUCAUAAACCGUACGAUAUUGGAGAUAGAAUCGUUAUUAGGGGUGAAAUUAUGAUUGUUAAGGAAAUACAGCUCUGUUACUCAACAUUUGCCAAAUGGAACAAUGAUUGCGUCAUAAUACCAAAUGCAUACAUCAUCAAGAACGUGAUAUGCAACAUCAAGAGAUCCAAUUACCAGAUGAUAAACCUGAAGUUCUACAUCUCAAAUAGAAUCAGAGACAGUUCGUUACAUGAACUCAAAAUCACGUUACAGAAGUUCGUGAAGAGGACUCCCUGUCUCAAAUCGAUUCAAAUCACCUGCGAAGACGUCAUGAACUCGAAUCAGCUGCUGCUCUCUGUAAAUAUUCGUCACGCCCUGAACCACCAGAACUCGUUCUUCUACCGGAAGGCACAGAACAUCUUCAUGGUUGAGUUUGUGAAGCAGUGCGGCCGCCACAACAUCACGUUCUUCCCCCUCAAAGUCACGUAUUCGAGCGAUAAGCGACAAGAAAAAAACAAAUUCAGGAACUUCCUGAAGAAUUCCAAUUAG